AUGCCUGUACAGCUGGCGAAACGGCUGAUGGAUCUUCAAUUCCUACCCCACAUCGUUGUGAUCAACCCGCACAUCAAGCAGGUGUAUGACUCCUACCGCCAGGCCUUUGGCAUGCUCACCGCGUUCAUCGGUGUGGCUCUUCUCAGCCUGCUGGACGAUCACAUGCACACACACCCUUUUCCACCUCGCUCCACCCCACCCAACCACCAUCCAUCCCCUUGUGUGUUGCAUGUGUCUCAGCUGGUGGACGAUCACACGCCCCUGCUUAUAGUGCUGGCACAGGGACUAGUGGACGACCAUACGCCUCUCGUGGUAGUGCUGGCACGGAGACUGGUGAACGAUCACACGCAUCUCCUGGGAGUGCUGGCACGGGGGGUGAGUGGGGGCUCCCUGCGACCACUGGCGGGGAGGGAGCUUACCCUCAACUCUCUUCUCCUCUUCCCCUCCCACUCAGCUGGCACGGGGGGUGAGGGAGUGCUCUCUGCGGCCGCUGGGCAUGAGGGAGUGCUCUCUGCGGCUGCUAGAGGGGAGAGAGCUCGACCUGGACCCCUUCCUGGACAACAUGCUGCGGUCGCGAAUCAGUUGCAGGAUCAUCGCAGAGCAUCACAUCUGCCUGCAGCAUCAACGGCCAGGAUUCAUUGGCGUUAUCUGCUCCCAGCUCACCAUGCAUGCAGUGGUCCAAGCAGCAGGCCAAGCAGCAGUCAAGCAGUGGUCCAAGCAGCAGUCAAGCAGUGGUCCAAGCAGCAGUCAAGCAUUGCACGGACGUCUCUCGCCGCCCCUUCGUGUCAGCAAUUCCCCUCCUCGCAUUCGCCUCCCCUCUUUUCCCGCCCCCCCUCCCCCCGUUCCCAUCAGCUCUCAAUGCAAGCAGCAGUCAAGCAGUGCACGGAUGUGUCUCGACGCACCUUUGGCUUCUCGCCCUCUUACCUCCCCCCCUGCUCCUCCCUCUCAAUGCAAGCAGUGGUCGAGGCAGCAGUCAAUGCAAGCAGUGGUGGAGGCAGCAGUCAAUGCAAGCAGUGGUCGAGGCAGCAGUCAAUGCAAGCAGUGGUGGAGGCAGCAGUCAAUGCAAGCAGUGGUCAAGGCAGCAGUCAAUGCAAGCAGUGGUCGAGGCAGUAG